AUGGAAAUUGAUCCACCUCAGUUUGAAGAGUCUAAGAUUUUGGGAGGAUUUGAUGAUGAUGAUGAUGAUGAUGAUUAUAGUAACGCCAUUAUUGAAGAAGAUGAAGCAAUGAAUGAACUACAUGCAACUCUAGACAAAGUGCGCAAAUUAAAACAGAAGAAAUUGGUAGUUGUAGCAGAUGCUAUAGAGAAGACUAUGAAUCAUGCCAAAUCUCAAAUGGAUUCUCCUUCUGUGGCUAACAUUAAGGGAAGUGACAUUAUACUCAAUUCUACCUCUGAGUUUUGUAGAGCCCUUGGAGACAUUCCAACCUAUGGUCUGGCUGGUAACCGUGAUGAAGAACGAAGUGCUUUUCUUGAUCUUGAACUGGAAUUAAUGGAACAAAAGAAAAAAAUUCAAGAUGAAGAAGAUAUGUCCAGUCAGUGGAAUGAGGUAGACAUUGAUACCAAGCCAGUCAACAUUAUAAAAGAAGAAAACUCUGUUUUGGAUGAAGAACCAGCUAUAAACAUGGGGCUGAGUGCUGCCCUUCAAGUAGCUAUGAAAAAAGGUUACUUAGAUAACAAAGUAAAACGACAACCCAGUGGCCCCAAGCACAGUGGCCUUGAAGCAAUCCAUUAUUCUAUUGAAGAUAAGAGAUAUGAUGACCUGGAUGAGAAAUAUAGAAAGAGAGACCGUUAUACAGGAAUGUUGAUAGACUUUAAAGAGAAAGAGGGUUAUAAACCUGAUGUACGACUAGAAUAUGCUGAUGAUUCAGGCAGGCUCCUCAAUGAAAAAGAAGCUUUCCGACAGUUGUCUCACCGUUUCCAUGGUAAAGGCCCAGGCAAAAAGAAGACUGAGAAACGCAUGAAAAAACUUGAAGAAGAGCAAUUGAUGAAACAGAUGAGUUCCACUGAUACCCCACUCAAUACAUUGACUUUGUUGCAAGAAAAGCAGAAGCAAGAACGAACUCCUUAUGUCAUUCUCAGUGGUAACAAAGGAAUGUCUGCUAAUACCAUUGUCAAAUAA